AUGAUUAUCAUUCCGCGCAAGCCGCUAAAGACGCCGAAAGUCACCGCGAUCACCGCACAUUCUUUAACCAACUCGAUAGCGUGGUCACCACAGCCGCUGCAAACGUCAAUAACGCCAAAAACGAACGAGACAAAUAUCUCGCCUUACUCGAAGAAACCUCAAGUCGAGCCAUUGCUGCCUACCUUGCCGGAAACAUGGACGAAUAUACGAAAAUUGAAGGUAUCGAAGCUGAGCUAUGGAAUGAGGUCGACAAAGCUCACCAAGACAUCAAAGAAGCCGAAGCCUCAUUCAAUUCUAAUGCCUGGGCUCACUCUGUCGCUCAGAAGUUUUUAG